UAAUUGAAUAGUGUCUCCCUGAAGACCAGUUCCUGCCAGUGCCAGUAAGGAAACAGUAAGCAGGGGGUGUGUGGAGGAGGAGCCCAAUGCUGAGGGCUCAUCCUGAAGUUGCUCAGUUGUUUUCAGUCGUGUCGAAGGUUGUCAACUUGGCCGUAGGCUAUAAGAAAGCAUGAGACCCUGAGGAGACUUCAAAACGGAGGUGGGUUCUUAAUCUAGCUUGAUUAUUUGGUAAUGAAUAAAUUGCGAAGUAGCUAAUAACUCUUGAUUCCUAAUUCCUUUAUUUUGUGUUUCAUAUGUGGUCAAUGUAAUAUUUGGUGGAGUUAGUGGCACAAUAUAGACUACUGAUAGUAAUGCUAAGUAUAAAUGUUUAUUGGAAUAUAAAAAGGGAGACAAUAUAAAGCAAAUAGAACUUUAUAUUUUUACAGUGAAAAUUAUAUGCCAAUCAUCAGAGAUUACAUUAUCAAUACUCAGGUGUAUAUUGGUUUAAUAAUACCAGUCCAUUUACCUGGUUUAGUGAGACUGUGUGAAUAAACAUUCAUUCCAUCACAAGGGCCAUGACAAUGGGCUUAAAGAAGUCAACCAGUGAUUUUUGUACUUUUACUGUUGAAGCGAUAUCCCAAAUACUGUAAAGCACACACACGAAAGGGUCAAAAAUAUGUUUUGAGCAAAAUAGUUGUUAUUGUUUUCUGACACAAGUGCAAACGUCAAGGAGUAUGGAAUUCAAGGACUUGGUCUGAUGGUAAUCGGUGAUGUCGACGGCCUCCCCCCUUGCUUGAGGAGCAAUAGAGAACAAAAACCACCCCCACCCACACAACUUGUGCUGUCAUGACAUACCCGGACCACCUAUUGAGAUGUGCCUUUUGUUAGGUAAAUCAGUUAAAACGAGGUGAAAAGGAGACUGGAGUGUCACAUCAAGGUCAGAGUGACAGGGCUGGGUUGGUUACUUUCUAAAUGUAAUGUUACCUAAAUAAAAAAGGUACCUAGGCUGUCCAAAAUUGUAAUCGGUAAUUUAGCUCUCUCUUGCAAGGUUCAGAUGAAUCGGUGGCGGAGAUCAGUGGAUGAGAUUCAGGCCAGGAAACGGCAGGUCACAGAGUGUGAGCGUGCCCUGGAAGCCCUGUGCAAGGUGACUGCCUGUUUCCAACAGAUGGCCAUCUCUAUCGGAAGUAACUCAGACGGCAGCUUUCUGAGAGAGGAGAUGGACGAGACCAGAGCACUGGCUCAUAGAAUCUGCACAGGGUUGCACAGACGUCUGGUCUCUCUAUUGACAGAGAGGGCGACUGAACCUGGACAAGAGGAUCAAUUACAGGUGCAGAGACUGUGGGUUCUUUUCCUCACUGGGCUAGAGAACCUCCAACAGGACCUGCACAAAGCCAGUGACUUAAUAGACCGCUUCCCUUUGAAACAGAGAAAUGACCGCCGGGCCCUGGUGAACACAGGAGCUACAGAUGGGGUCACUGGGGUGUCUGCCCGAGCUGCUUCAGUCCAAACCCCGUGGCUAGCAGUGGAGGUGGAGCAAAACCCUGACCUAAAGACGCACAUCACCCAGAUUGACACCCUGGUCAAGGAGAUGCUCCAGAAAGUCAGCAUUCCUUUCUGGGCAGUGGAGGCUACACAAGAGGCCUGGGUGGAAGGCGCUCAGUCUCAGGACGCUGCACACGAUCAGGAUGAGACUCUGGAAGAGAUGAUGGUGGUGUCCCAAGAUGACCAGAUGCCUGGGUGUUGUCAACCUCUAAACUGUAAGUUAGGGUGUAUGUUUUGUCUAUCGACCUGAAGACUGGGGUGUACUCUUAAACUGUUAAUCGUCAGUUAAACUUUGAAUAAAGCCUCAUUCAUACUGUACAUACACCGUGCAAUAACUACAAGUAGCUUUGCAAAAUGGCAUUCCUGUGUAAAAACUCAAAUGUGCAGUCCUGCAAUUUUAAAACGACAGUACAUAGGACCAGCAUUUUGCAUAGCGUCGUGUUGCGAACACAUGGUAUAAAUUAGGUUUUUACAUGCAGUAAUUUCUAUUUACUAAUGAAAAUUAUGAACGUUAAACAUCUUUAGAUGCAGUCAAAGAACACAUGCUUUAAGGUAUGAUCAACUAUAAAAGAGCUCCUUGAAGGAUAGAUGUGUAUGUUAAAGACCUUGUAUACCUAGGUUAUUGAUUCAUUUUGUAAUACGCUGAGUACACCAGGUGGGUGCAUCCAGCCACACAAGCAGGUUGAAAUAGCAAAACAAUAUUAAUAGUCACCAGUCAAAACAGUCACGGACAUUUAGCUCGCUAAAUGGUCCUGGGAUAUAAAAAUUGCAUUAUUUUACCCAGAAUACACCCGGUCGUUUUUCCCCCCUUUGAGGGGUUUUGACCUAUUGCGUCACAAAAUCGUGUGCCCUCUACUCCGACAAUUAAUACACAGAUAAAAGGGGAAACCUAGUUUCUUAUUAUAUCUCCUUCAUGUCAGUUGGCAACCAACUUUAAGGUGCAUUACCAUCAACUGGACUUGAGUGUGGACCUAAAUUCAGCUUUCAAUCACCCACGUGGGUAAAUGCUCCUAAAAAACCCAUAACAAGAUGGUCUUGUGACACAAAUAGAACCAAGUUGUCUUUUAGCGCCUGGCUAGACACACGCGAGCACUUUGGGUAAA